AUGCGCUCCAUCUUCGUCCUCGCCAUGGCCGCCGGCCUUGCCUCCGCCGCCAAGAUCACCGACUUCACUGUUGAUCCCACCUCCGUUGACCUGCCUGAGCGUGGUUCUUGGUGCAUGGGUGAGCGCAAUACCUGCACCGCCCUCUGCCCUGGCUCUCCCAAGGAGAACACCUGUGAUAUCAACACCCUCGAGUACUCGUGCACUUGUAACAACGGCACCGAGCCCGGCCUCAAGUACUACUCCAACUCCCUUUACUCCUUCGUCUGCCAGGAGGCCUUCAAGCAGUGCGUCGAGAAGAACGCCGGUAACCCGGUUGAGCUUCCCAAGUGCGAGGACAACAUCCAGGCCAAGUGUGGUACUCUCGACGUCACCAAGCUUCCCACUAGCACCGGCGACGCGGACGAGUCCACUCCCACCGAGACCGGCGACUCCACCACCACCGACGACUCCUCGAGCGAUUCUGGCAGCAACGACCAGUCCAACAGCAACGACGAGAGCGGCGCCUCUGCUGUCAUCAUUGGUAGCGGCGCUGCUGCUGCCGCUCUCGGCCUCUUCGCCUUCCUCAUCUAA